AUGUGGAGGGAUCCUGGAACACCUGCUGAUUCUUUCUAUGAAACCCGAGCCGAAUGCACCGAUGUUCCCAAGUCUCGAUUUAGAAUCAAGGCUGGUAAAACUCUAAGUGCAAAAAGGUGGCAAGCUGCAUUUUCUCCAGAAGGGUAUCUGGAUAUAGGCAAGACUCUAAGCCGAAUCCACCGCGGGGGAAUCCAUCCAUCAAUUAGAGGAGAAGUUUGGGAAUUUCUACUCAGUUGCUAUGAUUCCAAGAGUACAUAUGAGGAAAGAGAGGAGAUAAGGCAGCGUCGAAGGGAGAAAUAUGCUGAAUGGAAGGAAGAAUGUCGCCAAUUAUUUCCGCUCGUGGGAAGUGGUAAAUUUAUCACAGCACCUGUAGUUACUGACGAUGGUCUACCGAUUCAAGAUCCAAUUGUUCUGCUAGAAAAUAAUCCAGAAAAUGGAGUGAUUGUACCGGUUCCGGAGAUAGGUAGUACAAACACUAUUAAUGCAGCAAAGAAGGUGACAGACAAAAAAGUAAUUCAAUGGAUGUUAACUCUACAUCAGAUAGGUCUUGACGUGAUUCGAACCGAUAGGACACUGGUUUUUUAUGAGAAGAAAGAGAAUCUGUCGAAAUUAUGGGAUAUUCUCGCUGUUUAUGCUCGGAUAGAUACAGAUGUUGGCUAUGGUCAAGGAAUGAGUGACCUAUGCUCUCCUAUGAUAAUACUUCUCGAUGAUGAAGCUGAUGCCUUCUGGUGUUUCGAGCGUCUGAUGCGUAGAUUACGAGGAAAUUUCAGAUGCACCAAUAACAGUGUCGGGGUGGAAGCUCAACUAAGUAAUUUGGCUUUGAUUACUCAAGUAAUUGAUCCAAAACUUCAUCAACAUAUAGAACAUAUUGGAGGAGGUGACUAUCUGUUUGCUUUUCGGAUGCUUAUGGUUCUAUUUCGUCGAGAAUUCUCGUUUUGCGAUUCAUUGUAUCUUUGGGAGAUGAUGUGGGCUCUAGAAUAUGAUCCCAACUUGUUCUGGUUAUAUGAAGAUUCGGAAGACACUUCUGAAAAAUCUGAUGAAGCGAAAGCAAGAUUAAAGUCAAUUCGUCAUUAUGGAAAGUUCGAGAGAGAAAAUAUGAGGAACGGGGCAAAGAAUACAGAAGAACCUCCUCUUCCCAUAUCGAUUUUCCUUGUUGCUAGUGUGUUGAAAGAAAAAAGUGCAACACUACUUCAGCAAGCGCGAGGUCUAGACGAUGUUGUCAAGAUAUUGAAUGACACAAAUGGAAAUCUAGAUGCCAAAAAGGCCUGCAUGGCAGCACUGAAACUUCACAAGAAAUAUCUGAAAAAGGCAAAGAAACCCUAA